AUGGGACAGGUAGAGGAUACUUGCUCUAUCCUGUUAGCUCUUCGUGAUCGUGACCUUGCCUUCUGUCUUAUUACGCUUCUAAUCGUACUUCAUUCAACAUCUGUGACUAUUCUCACUAUUUCAGCACGUCGUCAAUCACACAAGAUGAACUCCUUAGCAUAUAUGACUAUAUCGCUCAAAGAUGUUAGUAUUAUUGAAACUGUAAUCUGGCUUUGUUCGCUGUUAUUCUCCGGUUGCUUUAUAGUUUAUCGACACGUUGUCUCUGAUAACUGCGAAGAGGUGAUGCAUAUUAUUAGCUCUCGAAUUGUCUUUCAUAAUUUUGCCGCUUGCUAUAGCCUUUCUUCAUCCUUUGUUGAUUAUCUGAACGACCUUUACAGGUUUGUCUUUCCUAUGCGAGACGCUGCCGUCAGAGCAUACCCUUGUCUUCGUACAAUUCUGCCAGAAUACGCCAUGGUACCUCCACCACCUGUACCGAGAAGAUUUCAAACAAAGCCAUGUAUGUUCUCUCACCUCUUCCUUUCCUAUUUCGUAACAAGUGAGCCCAUUAACGGACACUAUCUCAAAAGCGUCGGACCUCCCACAUCGACAUUCAGUGAUGGCUACACUGCCAGAGAAGGAAGAAGUCGCCGAAACAAGCUUUCAGAUAGAUAA